AUGGCUGCAACCUACCACGUUCGGUCUUGUAGCUUACCAGCUCGGCUACACUCAAAUGGUCUCAACCAUAUUCAGCAACUUCUCAGUAAGCUUCCUACAGAUAACAACAAUAGCCAAUCACUUCUCUCACAGCUCUAUGAAUCCAUCUCUCAUCUCUUCAACGACUCACCAGCUUCAUCACUACUCCCUCAUCACUCUUUCUUCACCCAUGUUCUUGAUCUUUCCCUUGUACACCUUGACUUGUGCUCCAAGCUACGAGACAUAACUUGUCGCAUCAAGGAUUGUCUCCGAGACCUCCGGUCUGCUUUCAGACGGAGGGGACACGGUGGAGAUUUUACCAUCCGAUGUCACGUUAAAGCCUUUGUACGCUCUCGACGACUGAUUCACAAGGAUCUUGCUAAGCUCCUCUUAUUGCUCAAACAAACAGAUCAUCCUUCCAUCGUGUCAACUCAUCCUUUGAUCACACUUCUCCGACAAGUAUGUUCCCAAACAUGUCUUUCCUUUAGGACAGUCAUGUUGUCCUUAUCAUCAUCAGUACCAAAACCCAGGCCUUCCAGAUGGGCUCUAGUUUCUAAACUGGUGAUCAAGAACGUUACGAAUACAAAUGCUCAAGUUCAUAGCGGAGACAGAACCGAGUUCCAGAUGAUGGACGAAGAGCUGCAAAGAUUCUGUUCAGCGAAAGAGAUAAAGAAGGAAGGAAUCAAGUCUUUGAUCGCCCUCUUGGAUAACGUAGAUGUUGUAGUUGAAGAUCUGGAGGAAUCGCUUGAAAGCGUGUACAGGCGUAUGAUCCAAGCCAGAGUCUCUCUUUUGAACAUACUCUCUUUGCAUAUAUAGUUAAUUAAUUUAGAACUUCAUUCAUUAGAUUCCAUGUCUAUGUAUACAACUUCACUCAUUUUUUGAUGAAACUUGUUACCUUCAUA